GAAAUAAACAAAAAACAAAAAGUCUGAAAAUACCCGCUCGUUCAUUAGUUUACUAAAAUGUGUGGAAUAAUUUGUUGUAUUUGUCAUGAAAAUCAAAAACCUUCCCUAGAUAAAAAAUUAGCUGAGCUUCUUCAAAAUCGAGGACCAGACAACCAUAACGUAACCUUCAAAAACAACAUUCUAUUCGGAGGAUUCGUGCUUUGGCAACAAGGCCUACGUCCAACUCUUCAACCGAUUUCCCAUAAAAACUGGACAUUACUAUUAAAUGGUGAUAUCUUCAACAAGAAUACACAAAAUACCUCAAAUGAGUCUUCAGAUACACUUUGGCUUAUAGAAAAUUUAUCAACGUGUCUAAACGACGAUCACAUUCUUAAUCUUUUAAAAACACUUAAAGGACCUUACAGUAUGGUUUUAUAUAAUUCCGAUAGUAAUUAUGUCUAUUUUGCAAGAGAUCCGUUGGGACGAAAUUCACUACUCAUCGAAAGUGAUUCAACAUGUUUGAAAAUCUUAAGCAAUUCAUUUCUUGAUCAUUCCGGUUCAAAAAAAGCCUGUUUUGAGUUACCACCCUUAGGGCUCUUCAAAGUUGAUGCCGAAAACCCUAAAAGUGCCUUACUUUACCCUUGGAAAUCAUUAAUGGAAAAUAACAUUCAAAUUGGUCUGGAAGGAUUAAAUGAAAUUUUACAAGUUAAUGCAUCAAAUAAAUGUAUUGAUCCUUUAUGGCUUUUGCCAUCAACAUUUAAAAGUAAUUACUUUGAUUUUUACCAACUCUGCAGUUCUAAAAUAAGUGCUGAAACAAUCUAUGACCAUUUGUUGGGUAAUAAAAUUGUUAAUGAAUCCAUUUCCAAGUUUAUCGAAUUACUAAGAAGCUCUGUAAAGGAACGUGUAACUUUUACACCAAAUUACUGCAACAUAUGCAUUGCAGACCUUAAGCCGCAAUGUGACCAUUCAAAAGUAGCCAUAUUGUUCUCAGGCGGAAUCGAUUGUACUAUUCUAGCAAUUGUUGCGAAUGAAUAUGUUAAAAGUGAUGAUUCAAUUGAUUUAAUAAAUGUAGCUUUCGAGGCAUGCAAAGCAACAACCAAUGAUAUCAAUUGGGACGUACCAGAUCGAUGUUCUGCUAAGGAAUCAUUUGAAGAACUAAAACAACUUUGUCCAUCAAGAAAUUGGAAUUUAAUUGAAGUUAACGUGACGAGAAGAGAAUUGAACGAGGAACUUCAGUCGCAUAUCAAACAUCUGAUUUAUCCUCUUAACACCGUCCUGGAUGAAUCGCUGGGAUGUGCUUUUUGGUUUGCGUCGAGAGGCAAAGGUUAUUGCAAUGGACAGAUCUAUAAAUCAACCGCUAGGGUUAUAUUAAUAGGUAGUGGGGCAGACGAAUUAUUUGGAGGCUAUACCAGGCAUAGAAAUGCAUACACGCGAUGCAAUGGUUCGCACGACGAAAAACUGUCAUGUCUUUCUCAAGAAUUAGACAUGGACUGGGAACGUCUUCCUUCAAGGAAUUUAGGCAGAGACGACAGAGUUAUAGCCGACAACAAAAAGACUUCGCGUGCACCAUUCAUUCAAGAAGACAUAACGCAUUUCGUUCGAAAUUUAAAACCCGAGCAAAGAUGUUGUUUUGCUCUCGAACAAGGCGUCGGAGAUAAAUUGUUCCUUAGACUAAGUGGUUACCAGUUGGGUUUGCGAAGUUCAAUAAAGCUGAAAAAACGUGCGAUACAGUUCGGUUCGAGGAUAGCAAAUAAAAAUCAAAAUGCCAAAGAUUUAUCUAUAAAUAUUCAGUAGUUUUGAAUUUGUAAUAUAUUGUACAUAAAUAUUUGAUUAUAUUUUAAUAAAUACAUAAACUUUAAGAUUGAAAGUUUAACAAAAAGAAAAGAAAUACUUUUGCAUUUAAAUAAAUUAUGAUAUAAGAAAUAGAAAGAUAUUUAGUUAACAACAAUUUACACA